UCCCACUGAGUGCUGAAGUCUCUGCAGGAUCGGGCUUUUCCCAUUUUGUCUGGAAGGGGACAGCCCGCCCCCUGGAGCUACCGAAAUAACGACGCGUUCACAUUAUUCUCGCUUAGCCUCGGAGCAGCCUGGUGCAAGGGGCGGAGGCGCAACAGCUGGGGCCUCUCAGCAAAGAUUCAUGAUGUUGACAGUUAUGUUCUUAGCUGCUUUCACUCUUACUACAGUAAAUUCACAGGAAACUGAAGAAACUAUAACAUACACGCAAUGUACAGAUGGCUAUGAAUGGGAUCCUGUCAGGCAGCGGUGCAAAGAUAUUGAUGAAUGUGAAAUUGUCCCAGAUGCAUGUAAAGGUGGGAUGAAAUGUGUUAACCACUAUGGAGGAUACCUCUGUCUGCCUAGAACAGCUCAAAUUAUUGUAAAUAACGGGCGAGAAGACACAGCUGCUGAAUCCACUGGUGGACGAAACAAUGUCAUUCGACGGACCCCUGCUGAUCCUCAUCGACCACCUCCAAAUCCAACUCACCAAAUACAGUGUGCAACUGGGUAUGAGCAAAGCGAGCAAAAUGUGUGUCAAGAUAUAGAUGAAUGUGCAACAGGAACCCAUAACUGCAGGGCAGAUCAAGUAUGCGUCAAUUUAAGAGGGUCUUUCAGCUGCCAGUGUCCCUCAGGUUACCAGAAACGUGGGGAACAGUGUGUUGACAUAGAUGAAUGCAAUCUCCCUCCAUACUGCCACCAUAGAUGUGUGAACACUCCAGGUUCCUAUUACUGCCAGUGCAACUCUGGGUUCCAGUUAGCAGCCAACAACCACACUUGUGUAGACAUAAAUGAAUGUGAUGCCAACAACCCAUGCGCACAACAAUGCUACAAUAUACUUGGUUCUUUUAUCUGCCAGUGUAAUCCAGGAUUUGAGUUAAGCAGUGACAGAAUCAACUGUGAAGAUAUUGAUGAAUGCAGAACUUCAAGUUACAUAUGCCAGUAUCAGUGUGUCAAUGAACCAGGGAAAUUUUCAUGCAUCUGCCCUGAGGGAUACCAGGUGGUAGGAGCUAGAACAUGUCAAGAUAUAAAUGAAUGUGAGACUACUAAUGAAUGCAGAGAGGAUGAAAUGUGCUGGAAUUAUCAUGGUGGAUUUCGUUGUUACCCAAGAAAUCCUUGUCAAGAACCUUAUGUCCUGACAUCUGAGAAUCGCUGUGUUUGCCCAGUUUCCAAUGCCAUUUGUCGAGAGCUGCCAUACUCUAUUGUGUACAAAUACAUGAGCAUCCGGUCAGACAGAACUGUGCCCUCUGAUAUCUUCCAAAUUCAGGCAACAACUAUUUACCCCAAUACUAUAAACACUUUCCGGAUUAAGUCUGGAAACGAAAAUGGAGAAUUCUAUCUGCGACAAACAAGUGCAAUAAGUGCAAUGCUCGUACUGGUGAAAUCACUAUCGGGACCAAGAGAACAUAUUGUAGAUCUGGAGAUGCUGACGGUCAACAGUUUGAACUAUCGUACAAGUUCAGUGCUAAGAUUAACAAUAAUAGUGGGAUCUUACUCAUUUUAGUUAUUUACCCUUCACAGGCACCUAAAGCAGCCAAAGAAUAUUAUCUUAAAGAAAGCACUUACUAUUUUAUUUAUAGAUUUUGCUUUUUUUUUAAGAUUUAUUUAGUAAAUCAAUAUCUAUAAUCAACACAUUAUACCUGUUAUUCAAAAUUAAUACGUGUGUUCCAUAUUAUAAUGUGGGUGUUGUCACUUGCUGUAUAAAGACUAAAGUCUUGCCUUAAUUACUGUACUUGGAUUAGACAUCUACAUAUUAGACUUUUGUACAAGAAAUAUAUGCUUACACUAUUUUUUAAAACUUCAUUUUUCCUAGCCAAGUAGUCAUACAAUUAAAAGGUGAUCUCCUGUGUUGUUUAUAAUAGAUUUUAAGUUCUAGCACAGUUACAUUGAAUCUCAAAAAGGAUAAUAUAGCAUUAAUGAAAUACAAAAUAAAAGCUUUCUAAUAGGUUACAAUCUAUUUCUCCUUUUUAAUUGCCUUGUAAGAAAGGAUAAAGGUCAAUAAAAAUUUAUUUUUUAGACACUUAUGUCCUAUCAAGUUGGUUUUUUAAUCUGAUGUGGCGUAAAUGAACAUUGCAAAAAAUAUUUAGCAUUACAUGUUUCUUAAGGAUCUGAAACUCUCAAAGGAAAAUCAUCAACCAAGAAAUAUUUCUGUAUGUGUAUGACUGCUUGUUUAUGAGAAUGGUACUACUAGUUUUUGUGUAGAGGGAUACUGCAUUUCUGGACAGAAUUUAAAUACUACUCUUUCAGAAAUACAAAAUUGUAUACUUAGACUUCAGAACAUUUGCUUGAUUAUUACGUUUUAUGCCAUAUUUUCAAGCAAUUGGUCCUAUUCCUGUUUUCUGUAACUUGGAUUUUUGUUUCUCUUGUACAGUGUUCAUAGUAAUUCGAGAAUUAAUACAUCUUCCUUGUAAUAUGUAAGACCUUCUCUUAUUUCUUGUUUAAAAUAUAAUAGUUUAUACUUUGGUGUACAAAGUUUUUUAAUAAAU